GCGCAUCUUCUGUUUGAAACUAAACCACAUAUAUAAAUCUUAAUAAAACAUCUUACGCCAGUUGAAUAAUAUACACGAAAGCACACCAACAGUUGGGUUAUUUUUCCUUAUAAGGCAACUAACGAAAUACAUACCUAUAUCAAAAUGAAUCACGUUAAAGUUUAUUGUAUCGCAUUAUGUUUAGUGCUCCUGUCAAUUUUCGUUAUAGCUCACGACACCGUCAACACUAAUGCAGAGGACCCAGAUUGUGGAAAGGGGCCUUGCGGAUGGGCAGUUUAUAACAGAAUAACGAGAAAUAUCGAUUUCUUCAUGGGAAAUAAAUGCUCCUGCAAACCAGAAUUGAAUUGUACAAGAGAUGACGAUGACAUAUCCAUUACUGCCUACGUUUACAGGUGUAAGGAUUUAAGUAAAUUACCGACGAAUUCAUGAGAAUGAUGACGAAUUCCUGCUGAGAAUGUGACUUCCCUAGUCUGAACAUCCCUACAAGUCAAAACUUACUUAUGUUCGGCUCUUAUCGAUCAGCUUUGAAAUCCGAGUAUGACGAAUGCAGCGAUUUUUCUUUGAAAACUACGUCGUACUCUACUAGGGAAUUACUGUUAAACAGUAUUUGUAUAAUUUAUGGAUGUGCAAGAUGACUUAAAAUACUUUAGACUUCACUUAACUAGUUAAGAUUGAGCUAGAUGACUACCAAUGUAAUAAGAAACACUAUAAUUGAUCUUUCAUAGACUACAUAAAGAUUUCUCAUGUGGUUGUAUGGAAAUUUCAAGGCAUUUCCCUGAAGGAAUCUUUAAAUAUUGUACUUAUGGCAUGAACGGACAAAAUUGAUUCUAGCUUUCAGCGUAAUGAGUUCGAGCUUAAUUUGCAGGAUGAUACGUGAAAUGGUUGUGCAAUUCGUCGUGGAUCGAGAAGGUUUCAGUUAUCUGUUGUGAAUCGUUUGAUUUUAAUGUUUUUUAUCAUUUGUCGUCUACCUAUGUGAAACUGUUACAAAUUGAUCAUUUUAGCAAUGUGCGACAUUAUUAAUUCCAUUUAUUUUAUUCCUAUUUAUUGAAGCGUUUGUAAUUGUAAACUGUAAGCAGUAUUUUAAUGUAAGAUGAAAAUAAAUAAAAUAAGGAUGAAUUCA